UGGCACGGUUUCAGGCGAGGUGAUGGAGGAUCGACAGUGGCCGUUGCAAGAUACUCUUUUGCAGCCGCGACACGACCGAGAUGCUGACCGUCGUCACGAGCAGCGACCUGCUGCGCACGAUCUGCGCGUACCAAGUCGGCGUGUACGACAUCUGCCGCGAGCCAUGGGUCGCCAAGCAGUGGGCACGAACCAAGGCUGCGGACCUCGGCGCGUCCUCGUCGUUCCACCGCGACUCGUGGGGCAUCUCGGCCUUUGAGUAUGACCUCUUUCACUUUCAGGUGCACUUUGGCCCGUGGUACGCCUGCCACGGCGUUGACGGCGCCAAACGACUUGUGGCGUGCAAGCCAGCGCUGCUAUCGUGGGUGCUCGAUCACAGCGUGCGGCACGGUGACGCUAACCUCUUGGCUGCGCUUCCAGCGAACACGUACACCACACCCACGAUGAUCAACGUUGCGGCCUACUACGGGCACUUGCGCGUUCUGCAGCUGCUCAUGGGCAACCAAGCGCCAGGCUUCUCAAGCGCCGCAGUCCACGCCGCCGCGUAUCGAGGCCACAUGCACGUCGUCCAGUGGCUCGUCGCCCGCGGCGUGCGGUACGCCGAGACGUACACUUGCCUCCUUGGCGGCACGUUCACCGUGGAUGCGAUGGGGUUUGCUGCCGAGGCCGGCCACCUCGACGUCGUCAUGUACCUCUUUGGCGUCCAGACUCUGCGCAAUGUAUCGCUGGCGAUCAACAAGGCCGCGGUGCAGGGGCAUGUCCACGUGUUCGACUUUCUGUACCGAGCGACGCGGCACGUGUGCUCGACCAACGCUCUCGAGUUUGCCCAGCGCCGAGGCCACACGGAGCUGCUCGCGUAUUUAGCCGCCCACCACAUCGAGGCGCGCGACCAGUAGUAGGAGGCUCCUGAUCGCAAAGGAA